AUGGAGGCAGCUUCAACGUCGCACAAAAAGCUACCAAAGAAGAAUGAAUUGACCAAGAAGAGAGCUUCUAGGUGGAAAAAGCAUUCGCUUUCUUUGGUGGAAAUUCAAAGGGAAGAGGAGGAGGAGGAGGAGGAGGCCAAGGGCCGAUCUGACGCUGAGACUGUGACUGCGGCCGAGGGUGACAGCGAUGACGGCGAGUCGGGACAACAGGAGGCCAGUGGCGUCAGCUCCAUCAUUGCUGAAAUGAAGGAGAAGGACGAGGAAGAAGCGGACGAGAACGCCAAGGCAGGAUUUACUGAGGAGGACGUCAAGACCAUGGAGGAACUGAGUCGCAUGCCCCUCGCCUCCAUGGCCGCCCACAUCCAGGCCAUGGACUCGCAGCUGUACGAAUUGAGUCAGCUCGAGACCCGUGAGCUGUCCCGCAGCAAGCACCUGCGCGUCUUCUCCAACUACCGCCGCCGCAGCAAGUGAACGGGACGGCAAAUCAUCUAAAUCAUCUACUUACACAGCUGUGCGGACUUUGAUGGUAUCGAAUAAAUGGUUGUCAGUGAAAGUA